AUGGCCGUCGACUUCUCAAGCAUCAAACUGAACCCAGACAGCCAUGUUCUGCUGGACCAACCUCUGCUCCGACUACCUCAUGAGCUCGUCAAGAGAAACUUCCGCAACACACAACGCUACGUGGAGCGAGAACGAGACCACAUCCUACCGGCCCUGAAAGACACGGCGAACGCGGCCCUCAGUUCCUCCCAGACGCCCGAGCAGACACUGGCGUCUCUGGAUGCCAUGAUCCUACGAAUGCAGACCUUCAAACGUAAGAUAGAAAGACUACACGCGGAGGAAGAGACCUUGCACGACCACUCGGCCAAACGAAUCAAACACCUCCAAGAACUCUACGAGAUCCCUUCGCUCGCGGACGUCAAAUACGACCAAUGGGCGCGGACGCGGCUUGACCGGCUGAUGGUCGACUACCUCCUUCGAUCGGGCUAUUCGAAAACGGCCGGCUCGCUGGCCGAGACAAAGCAGAUCUCGCACCUCAUUGACCUCGACACCUUCGUGACAUGCCACAAGAUUGCCUCGUCUCUGAACCGAGGCGAGACGAAAGAAGCCCUGGCCUGGAUCACCGAGAACAAGAACUCGCUCAAGAAGCUGAUCACGGCCCCCUAUAAAUCGACGAACCUUGAAUUCGAACUCCGUCUGCAACAAUACAUCGAGCUCAUCCGGGCAGGAACGAUAGCCAAGAAGCUGGAGGCGAGGAUGUACGCUCAACAGUAUCUGAUUCCACACGCCUCAUCUCGUCCAGAGGCCAUCAUGCAAGCUGCAGGUCUGCUCGCCCAGGAGCCAGACACCCAAGCCGAGCCGUAUCGGGCGCUAUUCGCCCCAUCCCGGUGGCACCAUCUAUCGAAUCUGUUCGUCGAGACUCACCAUAGCUUGUUAUCUCUCCCUGUGCAGCCACUCCUCCACGCAGCCUUAUCUGCCGGUCUCUCCGCGCUGAAGACGCCAGCAUGCCACAGCGCCUAUAACCCCGCGAGCUCUUCGACGCCGGGCCACGCGCGAAUCGCCACAAACACCUCGCUCUGUCCGAUCUGCAGUAUGGAAUUGAACGAGCUGGCCCGGAACGUCCCCUACGCCCACCACACCACCAGCUUUGUCGAAUCAGACCCUGUCGUCCUGCCCAACGGACGCAUCUAUGGCCGUGAGCGUCUCGAAGAGUUGCAGCGCAAGUUCGCCAUGGCCGGUCUGGCUGGCGGCGGCGACGGAGGCUCGCAUGAUGUGCAGAUUGGGAAGGAAGGCGAGGUUCGAGAUCCCACCACCGGCGAGAGCUUUCCCUGGGAACAGGUCAAGAAGGUGUAUAUUAUGUGA